AUGUCUCAAACGGCAAUUUUCGUUGAACUGCUAGAGCAGCUUGCGGUUAAUGAUUGCCAAUGCCACUGCCAAGUUGCUCUGCAGAAAGCUACUCAAACUUUCUACACGCUCGAUGUCAUUUUAGAGCGCAGCCGCUCUUCGGGUCUGUCGAUAUCGGAGACAUCGGAGAUUGCUUGGGCUCAGAUUGGCAAAACCGGUGGCCAGCUGGGAAGCAAAACCACUUCGGCCACUCAUCAUGACCAACCAAUAUCACAACUGGGUCCAAUUCAGCUCCUGAUUGAGUCCGUGCAAAGGAUACCACAGGCUUCUCCAGAGUCCGCAGUAGCCAUCAAAUUCCUUUUGCCGGCUGAGACGGGGUAUCUUGCGCGCUCCGACAUCAUCCAACUCCGACUGGAAAGUUUGAGAUUAGACGGAAAGAUUGCCAUAUUUCCACGGCCCUUGGCUCAAGUCCAGAAAGCUGCAUCGGAUGUAGUUGCCAAUGAAUGCUUCACCGAACUGUUGGACUUAGCAGUGGGCGCAGUGGUGCAGAAUAUUGUAUUGGCUAAAGAUGCCCAAACUCAUCUGAAAAGUCUACAACAAGAGGUGGCCUUGCGUCUCUCGCUUCCUUGCAUACUGUCCUCGCCUCAACCGACAAAGCAGCGACUUGCCCUGAUUCACCUUGGGCCAAAAUCCCGACUCCCAGUUCUUCAAAAGGCCAAAGCCCUCGGGAUAAGUCUAGUGAUCGUGGAUGCGUCUGAUAGUUGGGUUCAGUCCCCAGAUUAUCGGGAUUAUAUCGAUGAUUUCGUUGCUAUGGACAUGGCAGUUGAAGAUGAUAGUCCUACAGUGGCUAGGAUCGUUGAGGCAGUACAGUCCUUGUCAACUCCUGUAGACGCAAUUGUCUCCCUCACGGACAGGUUUCUGCAUCCAACCGCAGAAGCAGCCAGGAUUUUAAAGCUUCCCAGCGAGCCGCCCUCCGCAUAUGAAAUUGCUGUAAAUAAGCACAAAAUGCGAGAACUAAACCUGAAUGGCACUCAAAUGUUGCAUAUAUCUCGCCUUGAGGACUUAGAGCAGAGCGUAGCUUCCAGCCGUGACUGGUUGACAUAUCCCUUGGUUGUCAAGCCGGCCCAAGGUGCCCAGUCAAGAGGUGUCAGAAAGGUCAACUCUGAGCCGGAGCUUCUCACGGCUGUCAGACAGGCUUUUGAACCAUCUAGUCGAGGGGUGCUCAUUGAGGCCUUUAUAGACGGCCCUGAGGUUGAUGCCAAUUUUGUCCUUCUCAACGGCGAAAUCCUCUUCUUCGAAUUGGUUGAUGAAAUUCCAUGCGUGGAUGGUUUCGCUGAAAACCAGAUGUUGGUGCCCUCCAUGUUUCAAGAGGACGAUGUGGCUUUCAUCAAAUCAUAUCUGCACAAGCAAGUCCUCCAGAUGGGGUUUUCAACAGGAGUGAUGCACGUUGAGGCUCGAGUCCGCCAAACCACACGAGUGCACAGCAUUGAUGUCCAUGGUACUCUUCACUCCCAGCCGGUCUUACCGUCACAGAAUGCCACUGGUGGAGCUGGCAUCUUCAUAAUUGAAGUUAAUCCGCGAGCUCCAGGGAGUGUCAUGAACGAUAUUACUUGCCUAACUUCGGGAGUGGAUUAUCUUUCUUUGCAGAUGCUGUUUGCGCUCGAGAAGUUUGAGACGGUCAAGGCCCUAUCCCAGCCAAUGUUGGAAGGUACGCGCUGCUGGUCCAAUGCUGUGGUUAUCUCGACAACAAAGCAGGGUACGAUGAUGUCUGGUGACAUACGAGACGACUUGGCCCAGCGCCGUCCUGAUCUCCUAACGUACGUUACUCGUUAUUAUCCUGUAGUGCGACAGGGGCAACAAAUUAAGCAGUGGCCUUCAUACGUCGCACUUUUCCUUGUGUGCUCCGAUGUAAGUCGUGAGCAUUCUAUCGAGAUCGGCGAACAACUCAGAAGCGAAGCUCGAGUUGAGAUAGUAUGA